AUGUUCAUCAGCCAAAACCCUUUGAAGACUUUUGUUGAAUGGAUAAUUAACGGUUUACCUCAAGAACAUGAUACAUUCGCUUUUUCACAUUUUGGUGGUCGUUUUGAUAUGGUCCUUGUCUUCAAAGAAUUGUUUCUUAACGGUAAUUAAUUAUUUAUCUUUUUAUCAAAUAAUCGAACUUUUAGGUUUUACUCCAGAAAUGUUAAAAAGAGGCAACAAGAUGUAUGAAAUGAAAGUAACUUCACGAGGGAAGAAGAAAGG